UUCCGGGAUCCCACGUACCCAGGACCCAGUGUAGGACCCAGUCCUUAAUUGCCGACUUCAAAGCAAUUUAAGUGCUGUCUUUUGUCUGGUCAUAAUUUAUUACUAGAGAGAAGGCGAACAAGAAAAAUGGACAGGAAUUACCACUACAGUGAAGAUGCUUAUAGAAGAGGACAUUCUGGGUAUCCCCAAAAUAUACCCAUGCAGCGCUUCAACCAAGAUUUCGCACAGGAAUCUUUGGAGAGGCCUAGUAGUGGUCUUAUAUCGGAAGUUCCUGCAGACUAUAAUGAACCUGAAGAAAGUCCCUUUCACAAGCCACAGACCUAUCAGCCAAAUGAACAGAUGGGAGGGAUGAUGAUACGUCCUGCAGACUAUCAUGACAGUCUUAUUGAACCAGACUACGGUCCCUCCCACAGGCCACAUGUCUAUCAGCCCAAGGAACAGGAGGGGCAGGCAAUGGCACAUCCUGCAGAAUAUCCUAAUAGCAUUGUCGGAUCCGACAACCAUCCAAACAGCAGGUUACAUGGUGUGUCACAAAGUGUUCCAAAGGAGCAAGGCCACCACAAUGCAGGCUUCAUUCGUCAUCCAUCUGUGAGGCAAAAGGAUCAUAUAGGCUCUUCUAGUGAAAGCUUCAGAGGGACACCAGAAGAGACAAAGCACUAUGACUACCUUGAUCUUGGAGCAGCCGGAAGUGAUGUGCAUGAUGGAGGUGCUAUGGAUGAUCUUUUGAAAAAUCUGCCAAGUCGCCAACUAGAGGCUCUGGGAGCCAUCAACAUGUCAAAAACAAUGCAUAGGAGGCACUCACGCAAGGCUACUCAUAUCCAUGGGACAGUGAGAUGGCAGAAAUCACCUAUUGAGAAUGAACAAAUUGACAGCAUUUUUCCACAAGAGUCAAUGGAUCCUGAGGAAGAAGAACAGGUUGAUGAGGCAAUACGUGGCAUGCCCACCACCAUGUCAAAUCGUCGCAAAAUAAAAAAUAGAGUCAGCCAGAAAAAGAAGAAAGCUCCAAGCAGUUGGAAGAGAAUGAAAUAUAGUUUUGGAAUGAGCUGGCAACACUUUAAGUACAGGGUGGCCAACUUGAUGUAUGCCUUGGAACUCUGGCGUCUACCCCUGAAGCAGAUUCAGGGGCACUUUGGCACUGGUGUCCUGUCCUACUUCCUGUUUCUUAAAUGGCUUCUUCUUAUCAACAUUCCCACUCUGCUGUGUACGCUCAGUUUUCUGGUUAUACCCCAAGUCCUAUACCGCUGGCUGGAACAAGAACCCAGGGGCUAUGCAAUGAAAAAUGGCACAGACUUCACAGGGAUUGAACUGUUGACGGGCUCUGGCUGGUUCACCAAUACAGAAAUGUAUUAUGGCUUUUACACAAAUGAGACCAUCAGUAUACAAUCAAACCGUCAGUAUGAUAUGAAACUUGCUUAUCUGUUCACCUGUGGAGGAUAUUACUUUUUGACACUGAUCAUCCUUGGACAAAGCAUCCUUCAGUCUUACAGGAAGUACUACAUUGAGACAAGUGGAACUUUCAGUCUCUACUACAUUAACAAAGUACUGGGAAGCUGGGACUAUGGCAUCACAUCUAGUGAGGGUGUUAAACUGAAGCAUCUCAGCUUUUAUAAUGAAAUCAAAGAAUACUUGGUUGGGACCAACAAGGAGACCAAGAAGAAAACAAGAAAAGAGUGGUGUCGGAUUUUCUGGUGGAGAGUACUGAUGAACAUAAUUGUGUUGGGUCUGGUCGCUGCAGCUGGCUAUCUCAUCUACUUCUUGUCUGAUGAGAGGAGUGAGUCUGAGAGGAACAGUAUAACACUGAUGAUACUACCUGUGUGUGUUGGAGUUUGCCAUCUUGUUCUUCCUGGCAUCUUCUCUGUCAUCUCCCAUUAUGAGCGCUAUGAUAAACCCAGAUAUGCACUGUACAUGGACCUCAUCAGAUCCAUGCUGUUACGGUCAGCUUUGCUGGGUGUCUUAGUGUACUUCUGGUACAGGAAAGUUGCGCUAAGAACAGAUCUUUCUACGUGCUGGGAGACAUUCAUUGGACAAGAAAUUUACCGUUUGGUUCUCAUUGACUUUCUAAUUGCUUUGGUGGGGACAUUCUUUUCAGAGUUUAUCAGAAGAUUGAUAGCUAAACGCGUGAAGCGACUUGGUGCUCCAGAGUUUUCCAUUGGACGCAACACACUUGAACUGAUCUAUUUGCAAGGCCUCUGCUGGGUGGGAACAUUUUUCUCCCCUCUCUUGCCAUUCAUGGUUGUUAUUGUGCUGAUUUUUGUAUUCUAUGUGAAAAAGAUCAGUGUGCUGCAGAACUGUGAACCAUCAGUUCGGCCAUGGCGUGCUGCACGGUCACACACAGUUUUUCUUGGAUUCUUAUUUGUCUUCUUUUUAUUUGCUACUGUCAGUGUUGCCUGUGGAAUCAUCUUCAUCAACCCCAGCAAAAAUUGUGGACCCUACAGAGGACAGGAUAUAAUGUAUGAUGUGGUGGUGGAGCUGGUGACCAUGUGGAAACAGCAGGCACCUGUCCUGGCUGACAUCAUCAGCUUCAUUUCAUCUCCAGGCUUUCUUUCUGCCAUCCUUGUCAUUUCUGUGCAUUAUUACAUACUAUGUUCGGAUUUUGGCGAUUGGGCGGAAGGAGACAGUUCGACGCUUGAAAGAGCAAGUGAUGUUGGAGGGGAAGGACAAGACAUUCCUGUUGAAGAAGCUGGAAGUGCUCAGUGGGAAAGGCCACCAAUCAAAGCCUGUUGGUCACCAGGCAACUUUUGGUGACACCGAUGUCAGAUCUCCAGGUGGUCGAAAUUUUGUGCGCAGUAGGGUGGCUGCAUCAGCUGCAGGAGUAAGUUAGCCAAGCUGAUAACUUGCAGAAAGCAACCUGUGAUAAUUGGCUAGUUGACUGCUGAAGGUCUUUCAAAUCAAAGUUUAUUGAUUGUUUAUGUCUGACUGCCAAAUGCAGUCACAUUCAUUCCUGAUAGCUGCUGAGCCAGCAUUUACUAUCUUGGAUUUAUUCCUGACAACAGUUAUCAAGUUCACUAUAAUCAGUUUUUCAUAGCACAGUACUGAAUUGAAUCUGUCACAAUCGAUACUUGAUUUUUGAAUAUUUAAAAGUUUUUCUUAGAGACAUCAUGGAUAGGUGCACAAUACAACUGAAUGUACAGAUAAUCUUAAAAGGAGUCUAAGAAACUGAUUUUUGAAAUUUCAUUUGUACUGGGCUAAUAAUAUACACAAGAUUUUGACAUAAAAUGCAGAAUGGGUAUGACUAGUACAGUUGAAGGGUCUGAUGCAUUUGGAGGCAGGAAGAAAGUGACUAGCUCACUUUCAUUUGUACAAGUAUUCAUGUUAAUUUUUGUUAAUGUUUGUACAAAAAGAGGGCAUACUUUUAUAUCAUAAUCCAGAGGCUUUUGCUGCUCAGUAAUCAAUGGCAUUUGGUUAUUAUUUAGAAGAUCAGUUCUGCAAGUAACAGUAGAACUCAUCUGUGGAAACUCAAAGCAGAAAAAUUGAAUGACAGAGGUAUUGUCAUUCGUACAUUUCAAAGCUGUAGAAAACACAUUCUGUUACCAUCCCAUAAGCAACCAGUGUACUUCAUACUAUAAAAGUUUAUUCACAGACUAACUUUUCCAUUUCAGUUUUUAGCUCUUUUAAAACUUGAGUAUAAAUUCUGAUCAACAAACAUUACAGGCAGCACAGAAUGUUUAGGUGUAAUAACUAUGAUCUGAAUUAGUUACAGUUGCAGAGUGUAAAGAAUUUUAAGAACACCUUGCCUUGGAGUUGCUUGUAGCAGAUUUACAUCUAUUUAAUUGGUGUUUACAAAACUCAACCAGUUUAUGUGGGGGUUCUAUUUCAAUGCUUCUUAUAAGGAUGUAACUUUUUAUAUGUAGCCUUUGAUGGUGUUUAUGAAUCAUAACUUUUCUUUUCCCAGCCAUGCUGCCUGAAUCUGUCCAUGUCCUAAAUGUUGGCUAAAACCGCACAAAAACUUACAAAACAUCACUAUUCAAUGAUCAGAAAUUUUUAUUGUUAAUUUUACACUUGGAAUAACUGAUUGAAUGGACAAUGAAAAUGACUAUUUUUUGCUUCUGAAUGACAUUGAACAACUGCUUCCUUGUUUAAAAUGAAUUCUAUGAAUAUGAAGAGGCAUAUCCUUUUUUGGAUUUUUUUGUCUAUACAACAUUUGUUGCCAAACCAAUUUGUAUUAAAGCAUUUCAAGUCUU